UCUCCAUUUAUCCCUCCAUUUCAUCCAUUUCAUCCAUUCAUCUCUCCAUUGUACAUACCACCACCACCACAAUGUCAGAUCCUCCUCACACCACCAUUCCCCUUCACCACCUCCCUUCCUCCAUCGCUUACAAUGCCGCGACCACCACCGCCCUUGAAUCCCGCCUCGACACCACCUCCGACGAGGAAUCCCAUCCACCCCCGCGUUACACCCCGGAAAACGACCCCUUCCAAUUGGCCUCGAAGCUAAAAUCCCCGGAAGAGAUCGCACAGAUGCAACCCCAAGCCAACAUUUCCCGCAAACGUAACACCACCAGCUGCCUCCCCCACACCGCCAACCCCCGCAAAGCACUCGCCUCCUCCCUCGCCUCCAAAGAACUACAAUCCUUCUACGAGUCCCAAAACGAAAACAUCCAACGCAUGCUCAAACCCGUCGAAGAACACGUCCGCGACGCCCGCGAAACCAACAGCAGCAACCAACUCAAAUACAAAAUCGCCGUCUGGGGCUCCUUCGCCGCCAAUGUCCUCCUCUGCAUCCUUCAACUCUACGGCGCCAUCUCCUCCAGCUCCCUCUCCCUCUACACCACCAUGGCCGACGCCGUCUUCGACCCCCUCUCCAACAUCACCCUCCUUCUCUCCAAUAAGGCCGUCAACCGCGUCGACCCCCGCAAAUUCCCCGCCGGAAAAGCCCGCAUCGAAACAGCCGGAAACAUCUGCUUCUGUUUCCUCAUGACGGCUGUCUCUUUCAUCCUGAUCGCGUUCUCGGUCCGUGAACUCGCCGAAGGGUCCACCUCCGAAACAGGCUCCUUCCACCUUCCCUCCGUCGUCGCCGUCAUCGUGGCCUUUUGUACCAAGUUCGCUCUCUUCGUGUAUUGCUUCGCGCUCAGACAUCAGUACUCCCAGGUCCUUAUCCUAUGGGAAGACCACCGCAAUGACCUCUUCAUCAACGGAUUCGGUAUCUUGACUAGCGUAGGCGGUGGAAAGUUGCGCUGGUGGAUAGAUCCCGCUGGCGCGAUCGUCCUCUCCGUCCUCGUUAGUUGUCUGUGGUUGUUUAGUGCCUAUCGCGAAUUUCAGCUGCUUAUUGGUGUCACGGCCGAUACCAAAAUGCAGCAGCUGAUUACGUAUAUAUCAAUGACCCACUCCCCCCUCAUCACCGCCAUCGAUACCGUCCGCGCUUACACCUCUGGCCCCCGACUCGUCGUCGAAGUAGACAUCGUCAUGGACCCGAAUGAUUCUCUGCGUGCGACGCAUGAUGUUGCGGAGGAAUUGCAGAUGAAGUUGGAGUCGUUGCCGGAUGUGGAGCGCGCGUAUGUGCAUGUGGAUUAUGAGACGACGCAUAAGCCGGAGCAUUUUUUGAAGAAGGAGUUGUAGGGAGAUUGCUUUGCUUUUGCUUCUGCUCUUGGGAGUGAUGGUGUGGAGGGGUUGGGGUGGAGGUGGAGGUGGAAGGGUAUGUAGGUCGUAUAUAUAUGGAGUGGUUUGUUAGUUAUGUGGUUUGAAUGGGGAUGGGGGAGGGCGGUUGGUUGGUUGGUUGGUUGGUUAUUUGUGGCUUACGCAUUAGUAUCUAUUGCUUUGAGAGUAUGGAUACAGACAUGAAC